UUCGGUGCAAGACUCGAUCGACUUCUCACGCUCGGCGGCAGCAACAUGAUGAGACCUCGAACCUCCUCCUGCACCAAGUUUUGGAGGGCGACGACGAAGACGACACCACCAACAGCAAGAAGCAUGUCCAGCUCCGGCAGCGGCGAGCAACAGCGGCUCCUCGUGGGCGUGGACCCCUGCAAUAAGCUCUGCAAGAUCAUGUUGUCCUGUCCCAAUGCCGGGCUGGAGCAGGCCCUUGACGCGAGCGGCGUGCGCGCCUUCCCCGACGUGGCCGAGCAGGUCCUCCUCCGCUUCGAGAACGCCGGCAUGCUCGCCUACCGCUUCUUCGACUGGGCCCGCCGGCAGCAGCGCGGCUAUGCCCACACCGUCCGCGCCUACCACGCCAUGAUCGCCGCACUCGCCAAGAUCCGCCAGUACAAGCUCAUGUGGGACCUCGUUGCCGCCAUGCGCACCCAGGGCGCCCUCAACGUCGAGACCUUCUGCGUCAUCAUGCGCAAGUACGCCCGCGCCCACAAGGUGGAGGAGACCCUGUACACCUUCGACGUCAUGGAUAAGUACGGUGUAGCGCCCAACCUGGCGGCGUUCGGCGGCCUGCUCGGUGCGCUCUGCAAGUCGAAGAACGUCAGGAAGGCCCAGGAGGUGUUCGACAAAAUGCGCAACCGGUUCGAGCCCGACGCGAAGACCUACAGUAUCCUGCUCGAAGGGUGGGGAAGGGCGCCCAAUCUGCCCAAGAUGCGGGAAGUCUACCAAGAAAUGCUGGACAGGGGUUGCGAACCAGAUAUAGUCACCUAUGGAAUUAUAGUCGAUGCACUGUGUAAGGCAGGACGGAUGGAGGAAGCUGUCGAUGUAGUUAGGGACAUGAGCCACAGGGUUUGCCCGCCGACACCCUUCAUCUAUAGUGUGUUGGUGCACACGUAUGGGGUCGAGAAGAGGAUAGAGGAUGCCGUAGAUACAUUCUUGGAGAUGGAGAGAAAUGGAGUUAAGCCCGAUGUCGUCGUGUACAAUGCACUGGUUGGUGCAUUUUGUAAGGCAAACAAGUUUGAAAAUGCAUUUAGUGUGGUGGGAGAUAUGGAGGAUAAAGGCAUCACCCCGGUCGCAAGGACUUUUAAUAUCAUAUUGAACAGCUUGAUAACUGCUCAGAGAUACGAGGAGGCAUAUAGGGUUUUUCGCCGCAUGAUAAAAUGCUGUGAACCUGACUCAGAUACCUACACCAUGAUGAUAAAGAUGUUCUGUGAAACCGACAAGUUGGAGAUGGCUUUGAAGGUAUGGAAGUACAUGGGCAAGAAGCAAUUCCUCCCAAGCAUGCACACUUUUUCUGUCCUAAUCAAUGGGCUCUGCGAGAAGGGCGAACUGAACCGGGCUUGUGUAAUGUUAGAAGAUAUGAUUGAAAAGGGUAUCAGACCACCAGGUACAACAUUUGGAAAAUUGAGACAGUUGUUGCUGAAAGAGAGGAGGGAAGAUGUGCUUAAAUUUCUUGUGGACAAGAUGAAUGUUCUGAUUCAAGAACCUUUAUGUGAUUGAGAGCACAUGGUGUUGGAUCAUAUAACCCAAUCGUGUGAAUUCUUGUCUAGCAGAAAAAUAUCAAGGCAACCAGCUACCUGACAAAGAAGUGAAUAUUGAGUUAUUUAGCUUCAUGAUGGUAACAUGAGGUUGGAGCUACAUGUAUGAUUUGCUCAAGACCCUAACAAAUCACUAAAUUUUCAGGUCAGUGUUUCAUGAGGUUGGGCUCUGCGAGAAGGGUGAACUGAACCGGGCUUGUGUCAUGUUAGAAGAUAUGAUUGAAAAGGGUAUCAGACCACCAGGUACAACAUUUGGAAAAUUGAGACAGUUGUUGCGGAAAGAGGGGAGGGAAGAUGUGCUUGAAUUUCUUGUGGACAAGAUGAAUGUUCUGAUUCAAGAACCUUUAUGUGAUUGAGAGCACAUGGCGUUGAUCAUAUAACCCAUUCAUGUGAAUUCUUGUCUAGCAGAAAAAUAUCAAGGCAACCGGCUACCCGACAAAGAAGUGAAUAUUAAGUUAUUUAGCUUCAUGAUGGUGACAUGAGGUUGGAGCUACAUGUAUGAUUUGCUCAAGACCCUAACAAAUCACUAAAUUUUCAGUGAGCUAAUUUUUGAACCGAUUCUCCAAUUGAUCCUACUGAUGUUAUAUAUCUGAGAAGCCCAUGUUUGCAGAUCCCCAAAGAGAUGAUAGCUGUGGAGACAGUCAAAUAUAUAUAACUUCUGUUCAUGUCAACAUAUUUAGAUUGCUUGUAUGGAACUUGCAAAAAUCAAGAACCACUCCAUCUUUUGCAGCUGUUGUUACAACCUUGUGAGUUUAAUACAGUGGCAAAAAUAUGGCUAUUUUGUCUUCAAACAAUAAGCUUUUGUCUCAUCCAUUUGAUUCAGAUAUAAAAGAAAAAAAAAAACUCAAUGCACAAUAUUUCCAUCAA